GUCAGACGUCGAGCGGCGCGUGAACGUCACCGCCGUGUUUGUUGGACCUGCUGGAGCUUUCCAGGUUCUGAUCGGUUCCAUUUUUGUUUGUGUUUAAACAUUCAGAGCUUGUCCGUCGGCCUCUGAAACCAGUUUCCGACCAACCAGCGCCGUGAGGACCGAGUCCAGCUGUAGCAGAGCCGGGACUAGUUAGAGAUGAGCGUGGAGGCGUACGGGCCGAGCUCCCAGACCCUCACCUUCCUGGACACCGAGGAAGCGGAGCUGCUGGGAGCAGACACGCAGGGCUCCGAGUAUGACUUCACCGACUUCACCCUGCCCAGCCAGACCCAGACCCAGACCCAGGGCCAGACCCAGAGCCAGCUGGACGGCCAGGUGAACGGUCCUGAUGAGGGGCUACAUAACGGGGGAGUGGAGGACCCGGGGGCCAAAGCCAGCCAGCUGCUGGCAGAGCUCAACUUCGAGGAGGAUGAAGAGGACACAUACUACACCAAGGACCUGCCGCUGCACGCCUGCAGCUACUGUGGGAUCCACGACCCAGCAUGUGUGGUGUACUGCAACACCAGCAAGAAGUGGUUCUGUAAUGGACGCGGCAACACGUCUGGCAGUCACAUUGUGAACCACUUGGUGAGAGCCAAAUGCAAAGAGGUGACGCUGCAUAAAGACGGGCCGCUUGGUGAGACGGUGCUGGAGUGUUACAACUGCGGCUGUCGCAACGUCUUCCUGCUGGGCUUCAUCCCGGCCAAGGCCGACUCCGUGGUGGUGCUGCUCUGCAGGCAGCCCUGUGCUAGCCAGAGCAGCCUGAAGGACAUCAACUGGGACAGCUCCCAGUGGCAGCCUCUGAUCCAGGACCGCUGCUUCCUGUCCUGGCUGGUGAAGAUCCCGUCGGAGCAGGAGCAGCUCCGGGCUCGGCAGAUCACCGCCCAGCAGAUCAACAAGUUGGAAGAGCUCUGGAAGGACAACCCCACCGCCACCUUGGAGGACCUGGAGAAGCCUGGAGUGGACGAGGAGCCCCAGCAUGUGCUGCUGCGCUAUGAGGACGCCUACCAGUACCAGAACAUCUUUGGCCCUCUGGUCAAACUGGAGGCUGACUACGACAAGAAGCUUAAGGAGUCCCAGACCCAAGACAAUAUAACAGUCAGGUGGGACCUGGGGCUGAAUAAAAAGCGGAUUGCCUAUUUCACACUGCCCAAGACGGAUUCAGGUGACAUGCGGCUGAUGCAGGGUGACGAGAUCUGCCUGCGCUACAAAGGAGACAUGGCCCCGCUGUGGAAAGGCAUCGGCCACGUCAUCAAGGUCCCUGAUAGUAUCCUUUACACGCCUGUGUUUAAAGACUAUGGGGAUGAAAUUGCCAUUGAGUUGAGGAGCAGUGUGGGAGCACCUGUUGAAAUCCCACACAACUUCCAGGUGGACUUUGUGUGGAAGUCCACAUCGUUUGACAGGAUGCAGAGCGCCUUGAAGACGUUUGCCGUAGACGAGACCUCCGUGUCUGGCUACAUCUACCACAAGCUGCUGGGCCACGAGGUGGAGGACGUCACCAUCAAGUGCCAGCUGCCGAAGCGCUUCACCGCCCAGGGCCUGCCCGACCUCAACCACUCCCAGGUGUACGCUGUGAAGACGGUGCUGCAGAGGCCUCUGAGCCUGAUCCAGGGUCCUCCUGGCACCGGGAAGACCGUCACCUCGGCAACCAUCGUCUACCAUCUGUCCCGACAAGGCAACGGACCAGUGCUGGUGUGUGCUCCCAGUAACAUCGCUGUGGAUCAGCUGACGGAGAAGAUUGACAAGACGGGACUGAAGGUCGUCAGGCUGUGUGCCAAGAGCCGCGAGGCCAUCGAGUCCCCGGUAUCCUUCCUGGCUCUGCACAACCAGAUCAGCAACAUGGACAGUAUGCCAGAGCUGCAGAAGCUCCAGCAGCUGAAAGACGAGACCGGCGAGCUGUCGUCUGCUGACGAGAAACGCUACAGAGCUCUGAAACGCACCGCUGAGAGGGAGCUGCUCAUGAAUGCUGAUGUGAUCUGCUGUACCUGCGUCGGGGCGGGAGACCCUCGUCUGGCCAAGAUGCAGUUCCGCUCCAUCCUGAUCGAUGAGAGCACGCAGGCCACGGAGCCGGAGUGCAUGGUCCCCGUAGUGCUGGGAGCCAAGCAGCUCAUCCUGGUGGGGGACCACUGCCAGCUGGGUCCUGUGGUGAUGUGUAAGAAAGCAGCUAAAGCCGGUCUGUCCCAGUCCCUGUUCGAGCGCCUGGUGGUUCUGGGGAUCCGGCCGAUCCGCCUGCAGGUCCAGUACCGCAUGCACCCGGCGCUCAGUGCCUUCCCCUCCAACAUCUUCUACGAGGGCUCGCUGCAGAACGGAGUCACUGCAGCCGACCGCAUCAAGAAAGGCUUCGACUUCCAGUGGCCGCAGCCAGACAAGCCCAUGUUCUUCUACGUGACUCAGGGUCAGGAGGAGAUCGCCAGCUCUGGGACCUCCUACCUGAACAGGACGGAGGCUGCUAACGUGGAGAAGAUCACCACCCGGCUGCUGAAGGCCGGAGCCAAACCGGACCAGAUCGGCAUCAUCACGCCGUACGAGGGCCAGCGCUCCUACCUGGUCCAGUACAUGCAGUUCAGCGGCUCCCUGCACACCAAACUCUACCAGCAGGUGGAGAUCGCCAGCGUGGACGCCUUCCAGGGCCGAGAGAAGGACUUCAUCAUCUUGUCUUGUGUCCGAGCCAACGAGCAUCAGGGCAUCGGCUUCCUCAACGACCCUCGCCGCCUCAACGUGGCGCUGACCAGAGCCAAGUACGGCGUGAUCAUCGUGGGGAACCCCAAGGCUCUGUCCAAGCAGCCGCUGUGGAACAACCUGCUCAACAACUACAAGGAGCAGAAGGUUCUGGUGGAGGGGCCGCUCAACAACCUGAGGGAGAGCCUGAUGCAGUUCAGCAAGCCGCGCAAACUGGUCAACACCAUCAACCCAGGAGGACGCUUUAUGAGCACCGCCAUGUACGACGCCCGCGAGGCGCUGAUCCCUGGCUCCGCCUACGACCGCAGCAACGCUGCCGGACGCCCGUCCAACAUGUACUUUCAGACUCACGACCAGAUCGGGAUGAUCGGGGCGGGGCCGGGCCACAUGGCGGCUAUGAACAUUCCCAUCCCCUUCAACCUGGUGAUGCCCCCCAUGCCUCCACCCAGCUACCUGGGCCAGACCAACGGCCCUGCUGCAGGUCGUGGAGCGAUGAAGGGGAAGCCGGGGCGUGGCGGGCGGCAGAGGGUCCGUGGCUCCGCCCACCAGGGCGCCAGUCAGGGUAACGGACCCAACAGCCAGGCCAGCCAGGACGGGGCCUCCCAGCCCUUCUCCCAGGGGCCGCUGACUCAGGGAUACAUCUCCAUGAGCCAGCCGUCCCAGAUGAGCCAGCCCGGCCUCUCGCAGCCCGAGCUGUCCCAGGACAGCUACCUGGGCGAUGAGUUCAAGUCCCAGAUCGACGUGGCUCUGUCCCAGGACUCCACAUACCAGGGAGAACGAGCGUACCAGCAUGGUGGGGUGACGGGCCUGUCACAGUACUAGAGAGUCACUUGAAGACGGGAGCUAGGCUUGAGCUGAGCUUAGUUCAUCAGCUUUUUAAUCUGGGAAAUAAUAAAAACAUAAAAUGGAUACCUGUUUUCCUCUGCUACAACCGAAGCACCACCGAGUGAACGCGACGGGAUAGCGAAACCAAACCAAUGACCAGCGAGAGAAGAGAGAGGAAGAAGAAGACGAAGAGGGCUCGAACAGACGGAGACGCAAGAGGCCGAGUGAACAAGAGGACGAAGGCCGGCGGAGAGGAGGAGGAGGAGGAGGAGGAGGAGUCGAGAGGUUGGCGGCAUGAGGUGGAGCUGCUGAGGAAGAGGAGGAAGAGGAGGGAGACCUCAGCGGUGGAAUCCAAACGAGGCUCAACUCCCAAUAAAAUAAUCAAGCCACGCCCUUCACCCGACGCCUCUGGGACAGGAAGCAUCUUCCUUCAGGUGGGAGCCGAGCGUUCCCGCUGAAUAUGAAGAACUUGUUCUCCAAACCUGCAGGGGGCGCCACCACAGAAACACCAAACAGGAAACACAAACCCCCCAUGCUAAAAGUUGGUUGGUUUCUCAACCUGAAUCGUUUAAUUUGGUUUCUCUUGGGAGGAGACGGGCCCAGAACCUCAGCAGCUCUGAAGGAAGCAGCAGUCGACGCCUCAGAGGAAAUAAACACGGUUUCUGUGCUCGAGUCUGAGAUUAAAGAGCCUUGAAUUGAAAUACCUUCCAUCUGCCUCGAGGCCCGCUGGCCCAGUGACCAGGUCUCUGGCGGGGCGGGGCGGGGCUCGGAGGGGUUUCAGACUGGUGUUUCAAGGCGUGACGCGAGAAUCCACCGAUAUCGCGAUCAUCAUGGGACAGUUUUAUUCUUCUCAGAAGUACCUUUCUUAUCACAGAGCACAAAAUUGCAAAAAAGUCAUUGAAACUAUCAAACACGACCAGCAUUGAAUAUUCAACUCAAUGUCUUUUGAUGUUUCAGCGAAGGCUUUUUCCUUAUUUUAAUCUUUUGAACGCAGGUUGUUGAUGUCCUGCUGCUUCGUGACCAGAAGUCUUUCUGAAAACACUCUGUACGCUUAGAUUGGCAAACGCUUGAAUGCUUUGCAUUGAUUGAUCGAUUGAUCGAUUGAUUGAUUCCUCCGGGGUGGUGGACUGUCACAUCAUCACACAGACCCUGCUAGAGGUGAAAGAACCAACAGAAGGUGAUAGUAACCGUGGCAAUCAAUCCACCAGGUAAGAGGAGAAAAGGAAGGUGGCUGAGGAAGAGGAGGAGAGUUUCCACAUCUGGAACAUGAGUUCAGGUCAUUGUCGGGUUAAAUGUCGAGGGAAACGUGGCUAAAGGGCUGAUCAGUCCCACAGACACACGCUAGAUGUCCUUAUAAACCCAGUGUCCUCACAGCAUUUAUAUUUAGUGAAUGAUGAUCAAUAACUAGCAGUUAGAGACUGAGGCUGUUGUCCUGCCACAAUAAUCUAACCAGGGUUGAAGAAUUAAGACUUUCACAAAGUCAAUGGUCAACUUCAACACAACCCUAUAAUUUAAAAAUCAACGUGAUCUGAAUCUUUCUUUAGUUUGUUUUUAAACUUGACCAACCCCGUAAACCCAGAGGAGAAGAUCAAUGAAGAGAAUCAGUGCCUAUAACCAAUCACCUUCAGAUAAACAGCUGCAGCACAAGCAUGAAUGUAGUUAAAAAUCAAACUACCAGCAUCAGAGGGCUCCAGGAACUCAGAAACAGACUUGUUUUUUAUUUUUCUUUUUAAAUGAAACGAGGCAGGUAAAGAUGAGUUUAGGAUGGGCGGAU